GUUCCAAACGCUGCAGAAAUUAUUUCUUCACAGCAGGCUUUAUAACCAAGCAACUGGAGCUUGAAUCAAGAAACAGGGCUCAGCUACCUUGCUCCACGACACAUAAGAGCAAACCUUCUCCUUCUCAUAUUGUUUUCCCUACUUCAUUCUCCCCCAUCUUUCAUCAUUCCAAUUUCAGCCAUGGAAGUUCUCCUGGUUUAUCUCCUGUUCAUGAUGGCCAUGGCUAGGGAUUCAGAUGGUGCUUGGUGUGUGUGCAAGACGGAGUUAAGUGAUUCUGCCUUGCAGAAAACACUUGAUUAUGCCUGUGGAGCUGGAGCUGACUGUGCUCCUAUAAACCAGAAUGGAGCUUGCUAUAAUCCCAACACAGUGAAAGCUCACUGCUCUUAUGCAGCCAAUAGUUACUACCAGAGAAAAGGGCAAGCACCACAGGCCUGUGAUUUUGCAGGGACUGCCACUCUGAGUGCACAAGACCCGAGUGCAAGUGGUUGCACUUUCCCCGCUUCCCCCAGUGCUGCGGGCACAGGUACUAGCAACAACAAUGGAACCAACACUGGCACGGGGAUAGGUAUGAACCCGGGCACGGGCACGGGCACGGGAACGGGAACGGGCGCAGGCACGGGAACGGGCGCAGGCACUGGGACAGGCACGGGCACAGCCACGGGUACUGGGACUGGCAUUGGAACUUUUCCAUCACCUCCCACCACCACCAAUCCAGGCUCAGCAACUCCUACCAUAAUGACACCAACAAGUUCAGGGGUUGGAGGAGUCAUUGGUCCUUCAGGAAACACCUUCUCUACUGAUAAUAGCAAUGGUGAUUACAUUAAAAAAGGCUCAGGUUUCCUGCUUCUGCCCAUUCUCUCUUCCCUCGUCAUGUUAGGAGCUUGAUUAGAUUCCCUACACCUUUUAAUACUAUCAUAUGAAUUGUGAUGUCUAGAGUAGAUGUAAGAUGGGUUAAUUUGUGGACUUCACCCUCGCUAGUUAAUGUUAUUUUUUUUCCUUCUUAGUCGCAAACCAAAAGAACUUUUGGCUGUUUGUAUGUAUCUAUAUCUCCCUUUGUCAUGCUCUUUUAUUCUUCUCUUUCUUGGAAACUGUAAAAUGACGAUGAAGGAAAUUUUCUAACCUUCACAGAGUUAGGAAAUCUCUUCCUCUCCUCUUUUGGUGGAGGGUUUAUCAUAUUCAGCCUUAUUACUGUAUUACAGAGAA